CGGUUUCGAGUCAGGAUGUCAUUAUUACAGCGAUACAAGUUUGCGUUCUACGUUCCCAUACAGAAUGCCGAAGCAGUGAAGGCAGCAGUUCAUGCGACCGGCGCGGGUCGAAUCGGGAAUUAUUCGCAUUGCUCGUGGACAUCGAAUCCGGGGGUUGGUCAGUUCACUCCACUAGACGGCGCAAAUCCUGCGAUUGGUGCAGUCGGCAAGCCGGAAACGGUGGAGGAGGUGAAGGUGGAGAUGAUGAUUGAGGGUGAGGAGCAGGUGCGGGCAGCGGUGAGAGAGUUGAAGAAGGCGCAUCCGUAUGAGGAGGUUGCGUAUGAUGUGUGGAAGUUGGAGGAUUUCUGAGGGUAUAUGCUACCAUAUCCGUUUGUCUGGCAUACAGCUUAAGAUCGCAUUUACUAACAAUGGGCCGCCGCUGCACCAGUUGGACAUGCCAGAAUUAUCCUUCCGAAGGAUGAAUGCUAAAGACCGGAACGGUGACAUACAAAUGGUGGGCAAUACAUCGUUUAGGGUUGUACGCUGUCGCGGGCCGCUGUGUGGCCAAUCCCACGCGGUCGUCCGGAUUCAAUAUACGCGAUGUUCAGAACGGACCGGCUUCGCG